UUUUUAAUGAAAAUAAAUCCUUUUUAAUUGAUUCCAAAUCAACUGUUUUCUUCGUUUUCGUGCUGUAAUAUCAUAGUGGAUCCUUCAAACAAGUGAUGGCUCCAACACAGCCUAAAGCGGUGGCCAAGCCUGCUGCCGCAACUGCAGGUGCGGUGACUAAAAAAAAAUCUACGAAAAAACCCAGGAACUAUGAUCUGGGCAACGGAGUGAUGCGUUUCUCCAAAUCCAAGAUGUUCCACAAGAAGGCUAAAUACAAGUUCAUUGGCAAAAAGAACCCUAAGCCUGAGAAGCCCAAGAAGCUGACUGUUGUUGUAAAGCAGAUUGGAGGUGAGAAGAAUGGGGGAACCAGAACAGUACCCCUCAAACGUAGGAAGUCCUUCUACCCCACUCAGGAGAAAAUCCGUGCCUCAUCUGGUGGCCGUCCAUUCAGCAAGCAUGUACGCAGGAUCCGACCCAACCUGAAGAUAGGAACUGUUUGCAUUCUCCUUGCUGGUAGACAUGCAGGCAAGAGGGUUGUACUUGUUGGAAUUCUGCCCAGCGGUCUGCUUUUAGUUACUGGACCUUUUGCAUUCAAUUCGUGCCCGCUACGCCGCAUUCCUCAGCGCUAUGUGAUCGGCACCUCCACCAGAAUUUCACUCGGCAACUUCAAACUGCCAAAACACUUCAAUGAUGAUUACUUCAAGAAGAAUAAGAAGUGCGUCAAACGUACAGUCAAACGCAAAGAGGGUGAUGACAUCUUUGCCACAAAAAAAGAGAAAUACGUUCCAUCUGAGCAGCGCAAAACCGAUCAGAAGACAGUCGACGAGGCUGUGAUCAAAGCCAUCGGAGCCCGACCCGACAAGAAGGUGCUCCGCGGAUACCUCAAGGCGGCCUUCGGACUCCGCUCCAGCCAAUAUCCCCAUCGGCUGCGCUUCUAA